CGCUUAGUAAUUUGGAUUUCCGAUCUGUGUGACGAACUUAUUACAAUGACAGAACACCUUGAUUCCACAUUUCUAGUUUUUGUUCUUUCAGUAUUGUGUAAUUUGCAAGCCAUAUUCACACUUAAAGGUCCAGCAGAUGUCAAAGUACUUUCGAGUUAUGAAAAAGGGAUAGAAAUUGAGUGGAGUCCUGUUUCAUUAUAUAAUGUCAUUGUUGAGAAAUAUGAGGUCUUGGCUAGUCCAGUGUCUUCGAGUGGAGAUAAAACUGCAAGAAAAAUGGAAUGGAUGUUUUCAAAUUCCACAACAAAAGCUGACCUUUUUGGUCUUCAACCUGCAUCUCAAUAUCGAGUGAGUGUGUGGGCUGUUACUGAAAAAGAAGUUACUGAUAGGACUUCUGUUGUAGCAUGGACAGAGGUUGCCAUUCCUGAGAAGCCCCUUCCUGUUGAAAUUGUCAAGCGAGAAGGUUCAAUCGUAUAUAUACAGUUACAGAGUUACAGCUCCCAGACUGGACCUAUAACAGCCUAUCGUGUGGUCGUGCUAGAGAAAAGUGAUAUUGUGGUUUUUAACGCUGACCAGUUGUAUAACUAUUCUGAAGCACAAGAGAUGGGACUUCCUUUCUACAUUGCAGCUGAAUUAAGCUCAUCAUCUUUUCAAGAAAUGUUUACAGUUGGUGAUGGUAAACUCUAUGGAGGCUAUUAUAAUGCUCCCUUAAAUCCAGAUUCUGAUUAUGAAAUCAUACAAGGAAUAAUAAGCUCUCUGAAUGGGGUGACUAAAGAAGCAUACUCUCCCCUUCAGUCUUCAGACACAAGCUCCAUUCAACAUCAUGAAAAGAAGGGGAAAGAAUCAUCAGCCAAGACAAUCAUACUUGCUGCAGCCAUUGGUGUGUGUAGUUUCUUAUUAGGGCUUUCUGUCAUAGUCUACUGUUUACUGCAUAGCAGGUAUGGAAAGAGAAGAGCUUCUGAUGAAAUGGUUCUUCAAGCUCAAGCUGCAGUUAUGGAAGAGAAUGGAUUUAUUCCUGGAAAACUUCAGAUUGAUGAACAUGCAGAUCUUGGAGACCUCCAUGAAAAACUGAAAGAAAAGUACUGGCAGAUCCCACGUUCAUGCCUUGAAGUCAAAGAUACUGUGCUGGGUAAUGGACAGUUUGGAGAAAUUCAUGAAGGUACUGCAAGACGAAGAACUGAGGAAAUACCUAUUCUAAUACAUCAAACACGUACUGUUUCCAGACUGACAGAUAAAGAUCAGAGAAAUUUACUGGGUGAACUUUAUGUUAUGGUUGGACUUGGAAUACACCCAAAUGUUGUGGAAUUUAUUGGAGCUUGUUAUGAAGAAGAAGUAUCAUAUUUGGUAGUGGAACACUAUUCAACUACCUUGAGAGGCCAUGUAUUACGUAGCCGACAGACAUCUGGUACUCGUGUGACUUCCCUCUCAGAUUCUCAUUUGCUGGAACUUGCAGUUGGUGUAGCAGAAGGCAUGAAACACUUAACAGAAAAAGGAAUCUUUCAUCGUCGUUUGUCAUCAAGAAGCAUUGUAGUGGUUGAUGGCUGUAUUCCAAAAGUUACUAACUUUGGUUUGGCUUGCUUUAACCCUCUGGGGAAGCAACCUGAUUAUACCCGUUGGACAGCACCUGAAGCUUUAAGAUCAUGUAACUACAAUUUUGCAAGCGAUGUCUGGUCGUAUGGUGUCCUCUUGUGGGAGAUUUUUACUUUGGGUGGCACACCAUAUGGCUCAGUUCCGUCCAAGGAUGUGUCGUCAAGAGUCCUGCGUGGUAUGAAGUUGACUCAGCCAAAGGGUGUAUCAGAUGAACUAUACCAACUGAUGCUACAUUGCUGGGAAUUAGAUCUUGAUGAGCGACCAUCAUUCCAUGAAUUAUCUAGUAUCACAAACAAUAUGCUGUCAGCUCCUCGGGAUAACUUACAGCUUGACCUUAUCCCUGGUUUCCAGCAUGAACCAUUCAUUCCAACAGCUGAUGUUCUUUAAACAGCUAGAAGAAUAAUUUUUCUUUCAAGGGCCAAACACUGUAGCCAAGUUAUAUCACCUUGUCUGUAUCUAUGAUCAGGGACUGUCUAACAGAAAUUAUUGUAACUAAUUUCUUUGGUUAACUCAAUGAUUUCUGCUAUUUGAAUGUCAUGUAUAAAUACCAAGUGUGUACCAGGCCCUGUAUAAUCCCAUAUAUUGAAAUAUGUCUAUACUCCUGCAGGUCUUGGUACUUACAUAACUGUCAGUUCCUGUUUAUUGAUAUAUAUAAAACUUUCCUUUCACUACCUAUUGAAAUUCAUGCAUAUUAAUAUUAUGAUUAUUGGUUAUAUUAUAUUUGUGCUAGGGAUUAACUGGAUCUACUUUCAUAUUCUAUUCUAUAUUUGACAGCUAGUGAAAAUCUCUUAAUUCACUUAUAUGUGUAGGGUAUGAUUUUUAUUUUAACCAAUUAUAUAACAUUUUCAGAUUACACUGUGGUGAAAGCUUGUUUUAACAUGUAGAUGAAAAAUGCUACGAUGUUUUGAGUGGCAUAAAAUGACAUAUACAUCUUAUUACCUGGUGGGAAGAGGUAAAGCUGAUGUAAACUAAUUAACAAAAAAAAAUAUUUCUAAAUAACAGGUGGGCAGGUAUAUAAAUAAAAUAUUAAUUGUAUUUGAAUAUAUGAUUUUAUACAUUUGUUUUACAGUAUAAGUUUUAGAUUGUAUUUUGAGUCUAAUUUAUAUUAAGAAUGGAUUUUUGGGCUUGACCUGUAAAUGCUGCUAGCUUUCAGGUUUGAAAAGAAAAAUACUGUUUUUCUCAUAUGAUAACAUUAUUUAGUAAUACUAUGUGAAAGUUAGAAUUCAGUGUGUUAUAAAUGAGUUAUAUUUUUGUUUUUAAUGAAACCAUUAUAAUGGCAUUUGUUCUAAUAUAAUGUACAUUUCUAUUUUGUUAUUUUCAUACUUUGUGCUGUUGGUUUGUUAGCUGUGUAACUAAGAUAGAUCUGCCAUUUUAUGCUUGUCUUAGUCUUUUAUACACUGUAAAAUUUCAUUAAGUCUGUAAAGCUAAAGUUUAAACCAAUUACAUGACAAACAUUUAAACCAGUGAUAGUUUGUAUUAAAACUCUGUUGUCAAAAUCUUUCGUAACCUUAUUUUAUGACAUUAAUUAUAUUUUAAGUGGUUAUGGUAUUUCAAUUUUUUGAAUAAAUUUAGUGUUUGUUU